ACCGGAUUUGGAUCCAUCUCCUCGUCUUUCCACCCCUCGACAUCGCUCUCGUCUUCACCCUGUCCAUCCAUGUCGCUCUCGACGCACCUCUAGUCGUCGUCAACAACGCACUAAACGCUUGCUCCGAGCUUGUAGCGCUUUGACGCCUGCCAGGGUCUCACUGUCACAGCCUGGAGUUUCCCGUCCCCGUCUAGGCUUUGCCUGCUUUCGGUCACCGCACGUCCAGGAGCAUCACCGCCUGACCUUCCCUCCUGCCGCCUCUUCUUCACCUCACUUUUUUGCUCCUCUUAAACACCCCAGAUAUUUGCCCGCGGGGCGUCUCCACACAUUUGUUGCCCUCUCUGCUCUCGCUGGUCGCCUCCAUGAUGCCUGUACCAGCAACCCUCAACAGCUAUCUUCCUGUGCUACUAAAUUCCGUCACGAACCACCCCCUCCCCGACGACUCAUCUUACUCAAUACAGGCCGAAGGUCAAGUCGAUUACCUCUCGCACGAAUGGCGCGAAGAAGACGUCUGGCGGUCAUGGCGCAGCAUGACCCGUCAGAAGAACGCCAUCGCCAACGGCAUGCGUCUGGAGAACGCAAGUUGGCGGACAUGGUGGAAGCAGAGGAAUAAGCUGAAGACAAUCAGUCCAGAGACACUCAACUGGUUGAAAGACUCGGACGUAACUUGGCUCUAUGGUCCUCUGCACAUCGGCUCGGACUGGAGCAAGCCCCCUCAUCAAGAGCCACCGCCAUCACCGAAUGCCCACAGGCAGAACAGCCUCGAUUGCGUCGGCCAAUCAAGAGCUGCGACGCCGUCAGGCAAGAAGCCCAUUCUCAAACGCCGUAGCAUAAGUCAACUUCUCUCACUACCGCAAAGUCCAUUCUUCAGUCAAGAUGGUGGCGAAGACACCGACGAGGAAGAUGGGCACCACGGUAGUGAUGACGAGGAGACGUCGCGGCCACCGCUGUUGCACACCAAGAGUGACACGCAUAUAAGCUGGCGGUCUCGCCCCUUCCGCAAGAAUUCGCCACCUCGCAUCAUUGCUCCAGACCAUUCUCCAACAGACAGCUACUUCCCGAACGCUUCUGGCACUAACUCGAGCGACACUUCUAACACCACAGGAAGCUCUCAAGAUCUGAGCGUAGCGUCUACCUCCGGUGCGGAGGGGUCCGGGCAUGGGAAGAAGAAGCAUAUUAGUUUCAAUACCUUUGUCGAGCAGUACAUAGCCAUCGAGAAGCCCGACAAGCGGAAAGGGGAGCACUUUUACACGGACCCUGUGUACGACGACGGAUACGACGAGGAAUCUGAAAGGGGCGAGGAGGAGGAAUCGGAUGAUUCCACCCCGUUCUUCAUGGAGGAGGCCUCGGCUCUGAUGUCGGAUUCCGAAGACGAAGACGAAGACGACGUCCUCGAGAUGCGCUCAAGUCGCUCUCGUUCAUCGUCCUCGUCGUCAAGAUCAAUACCGUCAGCUAUGCGCACAACAAGUCCGCCUUCGGCAGGAUCUUCCCACCGCCCGCCUCUCGUACGACAAUCGUCAACAGACCGGGACCGCAUGACUAUUGCGCCUAUCGCUCCUGCCAUGUUGAAGUCCACCGGCGUGGGUAACCAAACCGUCGCGAUUGGCGAAGAUAGGCUCAUGCCCCAGAAGGAGGUUGAACUCGUUUACGUGCCGCCAUCAAACAGCAUAUACAGUCACCCCGGCACACCGAAUAUGGCCGCCGAGGACGUGUUUCACCAUCGCGAGUCAUACUUCAGUGUUGGCACGGAUCGGUCUCCUAUCCAGUCUCGAUCCGCCGAUUCCUCCCCCAUUACGGUCUCAUUCAGUCUCCCGCACUCGAGCCGUCAGUCGUCCCAGAGCAAUCUACAGCAAUUCUUCGUGCACCAACAGCCUGUGUAUGAAUCACCCAUGCACGCAGACGAUAUCCGCGAAGAGGAUGCGUACGAUUACUUUGGUGGGUCCGACUUCGGCGAGGAGUACAUCAUACGUCGGUCGCAGGGGUCCGGGAUGAGACAUAAUUCGUCGGAUAUGCGCACCGACGACCCCGGAGGACAGGGCCAGACCAGGUACACUCAGAGUGGUGUCACCAGCACCUCUGCCGGGCGGAUCAACGACCGCUGGUCGUCUCCGAUAUCUGCAAGCCCUAGGAUUGUGGUCAACGAGGUCGCUGGUGCUGAAGAGGAACGGGAAGAGCUGACAACCAGCAGCGAUUCUCCACGGGAAACGACUCGGGAGCUACUCAUCCCACGGAAAUCGGAUACACGGAUAGAAGACGAUAUCCCACUGGCCGUGUCAUACAUCGACCAGGGCUCUGCCGUACCCGUCCCCGUACCAAAGAUUGCCACACAGUCAACGUCGAACGCGUCUCCCGAACGAGGUUUCCUCUCACCAUCAGAGGCCUCCGUCCCUACUCGUGGCCGCUCGCCAGGGUGCUCGCCUGUGAGCGGCUCGACGACGACCGGUUCAUACUCGUACUCAAGCGAUUCCAGGUCUGAGUCCCGCGGCCGGUCGUCGACCCGGAACUCGUCGUACUCGGACCGGGAGCGGUCGUCGAGCAAGGGCACGCAUUCGCCCAUCGGCAGCAUCUCGCCGACAGGCUCGGCGGUUGGUGUCGGUGUGGGAUAUGCAGCGGGUAGGGGCAGAGAUAGCAAGACGAGCGCGCGGAUGUACCGCCGGGACGAGGAAAGGGGCCGAGACCGGACUGGAAGGAAGAUAGGCGACAGUCUCAGUCCGCCCAGCAUCAUCAGUUCGCCCUCGAGAAGUAUCAGCGACGAUUUCCCGCCGUACUCGCCCCUCCUGGAGAAGAGCGACAUCUCCGCUUCUACCGGCUCAGUCAGUGGUUCUUCAGUGUCUGGAUCGUCGACGGCUAGCGUUGCAACCGAAGCUACGAUCGCUCCGCCUAAAGCCGGCGGCCAAGAAUCAGAACCUCAGGGCCAUCGCGGCAAGUUCAACUCAUACAAGCCUUCGCAUAUUCCGAUACCAUCGCCGAUACCCGAGGAGGAAGAGACGAGAUCUCGCCAGCCCACGCCUGCCAACUCGCCUGUUCGUGCCUUCUCGUCCUCCGCACAUACAUCCUCGCCAACACCCGGUUCUCCCCUCACGGCCACCCCGUCGCCCAAGUCCCGCCCGUCCGCGCCAGUGACAUCUCCGUCGGAAGCACAAGCAACACCUAGCUCGCCUACGCUCCCCGUCUCCCAAUCGCGUAUUCGCAGUCCAGAACGCGAUAAACGCGGGGACGGCCAGGAGCAUGGCACGCUGGUGGGACGCGCGGCCGAGAUUGUGUCAUCAGCGCGGGGGCUGCUGGGUGCGAUAUGGAACGCCGUAUGAUCGUGUGUUCGCCCGCUGUAUCGCCAGUGCCUCUCCCUAUCUCAUCCUCAUUCAUCCUCGUUUCGCUCACUGUACAUCAGUCCCCCAGAGGGUUCCCGACGUGAUUGUCAUUGCAAGCUCAUGCGCAAACUAGGGUUUCUACUGCAUCGCAACUCCGUCCGUCCGUCCGUCCCCCAGCUUGGAGAUCUCUCCACGUUUACUUUAUUCGUCAUGCAUCGUCUCCGUGUUGUUUAUUGUGUCACCCACUCGUCCCCCUCCGCAUUCCCCCUCCACAUCCACACGUCGCUUCGCUUUCCUCGGUGCUCCCUGAUUUAUUUCCUUGUAGUCGUAUACUUACCAUCUUGGCCUUAAUGCGGUAGUACAUAGUAUCCUCUUGGGUUUGAUGUCUCCUUCUCGCAAUGAGGUUUUCUCCUCUCACGGUACUUGAGCCUUAAUAUGCCGCCCCUCGGACGAAGGGUAUAACUUACGGAUUUGGACCUUACGCAGCAACGUACGAGCUUCUUCAUUCCUUCGCAUGUAGCUCUCUAGCACAGCAGUCCGUAGAUGUACAUACUGUACAAUGUAUCUGUCAUGAACUGAGCUGAACUGCACGGACGGAGGAACCUC